AUGAACAACGUCUUUUUAACGUUAUUCGACGGUUUUCAAACGGAGAAACUACGAUGCGAAACAAGCCCAACAAGAAACUUGCAAACACGACGGCCCUCCACGCCGGCACUACAAAUCUACGUCUGGAGCCCUAAGCUGGGGUACGCUUCGUUGAUAGGAGGAAAAUCAAGGUUACCUAAAACACAGCGGCCGCCUGAACGCUACCCGCCUCUCAAGAUUGGCGAAAGUGAGCCUAAAGGUAAGCACUCAGCCACGCGAGUAACCGAUGGGAGCAUGGGAGUUGGUAAGGAAGGUUACCAAGGAUUCCGAGAUCCACGUGUCAGAAGCAGCGGGACCAAUCUUCGGCCGGCGCACCUCUUGCUGGUCAGUUUCGGUGUCGUCUUUGGUGGUGUUGAGCAGAGCAGAGAAGAACAGGGCAGAGCAGAGCAGAGCAGAGCAGAGCAGAGCAGAGCAGAGCAGAGCAGAGCAGAGCAGAGCAGAUCCAAUCCUCAUCCUCCUUCUCCUAUGGUGCGGUGUCGACUGGCUGGUUGUCCGUAGUUUCCUUGCUGUAGAAAUAGUGUUCCUUUGUUUCAAUGAUGUAAAUUAUUCUUUAUAGAUGUGGUCGCAGUCUUUUCCUCUCCAGCUUUUUUUCCCACUGGGUUUCUUAAGAGGUUUUUACCGGCGCGACCAUCUCCUUUCUUGGUGUUUUUUUCUUUUUAUUUCCAAGAUAAAAAAAAUCUUUUAUAGUACUGGUCUGGCAGUACUUAUGCUUCCA